AAAAAGGGCGUGGUAAAAUAAAGCGGCAACACUGCUCUCCAUUCAUUUGACUUUUCGUCGCAGUACGAGACUCGUAUGCCAGGAAGAAGCAGAAAAUAAAAGUUGUGUAUUUUUAUUCCCGACAAUUGUUUAUAAACAAAUAUUAGGGAAAAUUUAGAUGUAAUGGUCCAAGCAGAGGAAGUGGUAAAUAGUUGUCGCGUUUGCCGCAGUCCAAAUCAGGAUGCUGACUACGAAUGCCUCUAUGUGGUGCAAGUGGUAGAAGAAGAUGGCGUUAUGCAUUCGCACACAUGGCAGCUGACGGCCACGGGCAAGUUGUACGAAGAAAUGUUGGGCUUUCAGAUUGAUGCAUCAACCAUGGAGCUCUACCCACAAUACCUGUGCAAUAGUUGUGAUUUACAAAUGCGGCUAUUUCGUAAACUGACUAUGAAAGCGCGACGUACACUAGAAGAGCUGGCAAAAAUGUAUCCUGAUGCGGGUAAUAAGGAUGCAAAUAUGACACAGAAUUGCGAGGAAAUGUCACAUCUAGCCAUAGAAGCUAAUAAUGAUACAAUUAUACUCGGAGAAGAAUUUCUCGAAAACGGUUUACCCUCUAUGACCAGUGACGAAAACGCUGUUAUUCAGUCCAUACUGAAAGAUACAAAUGUAGCGGAACACAUGCCAAAUGGCACAGAGUACGAUAAUGGACAAGCCUAUGCGCCAAUUACAUUAGAACCGGAGACUUUUUCAAAUGAAGUGGCGAACGCUGAAUUAGUGCUUAUGAAAGAGAAAUCCAAUGAAGUUCCAAACGAACUACAAGUGGUGGCUUUGGACGGCAAUGAGGGGCUGUAUUAUACUGCUACCCCGGAGCUAGAUACCCAGCCGCCACAGCAUACGGAUAUUAAAUCUUCAAGCGAUACAAAAGAGAUUGAGUUCGUGUCGCUUUUUGAUGACAAUUCGAGUCAAGGGCAACAUGGGCUAAAACAGGAAGCAGUCGAAUUUUUCGAUGUGCAUUACCUGGAAGAUACGAACAGCGGUCUGCCAAUAAAUGCACUAGAGAGGCCAAAGCCUGAAGGCGGUGGCAUAAGGCGUGCCCAUGAAUGCCAAGCAUGCGGUUUGGAAUUUUUGCGACGCACGGAUUUUCUACAACACCGCAAAACUGUGCAUUCCAAUAAAUUUCCAUGUCCCUUCUGUUCCAAAUUGCUACACACCAACGAUGCAUUGCGCGUGCAUCUGCGUCUACAUGGCGGCGAACCGGCCUAUAAGUGUGAUCUCUGCCAGCGUACAUUCAAUCAAAAAGUGCACUAUCGCUAUCACAUGGAUCGGCAUAAUAAUGUACGCAAUUUCAAGUGUACGGUUUGUGAGAAGGCCUUUCUGUCCAAGCACGACUUAACGGUGCAUAUGCGCACACAUACAGGUGAACGACCGUACGAAUGCGAGAUAUGCGGCAAGGACUUUCUCAUACUGCAACAUCUCAAAAUGCACCGUUACUCGCAUACCAGCAAGUCAUUCGAGUGUCCGGAAUGCAAGCAGAAAUUCAUUUCGCCCUCGACCCUGCGCAUACACCAACAUACCAUACAUACCAGUGAACGACGCUUCCAGUGCGAGUUCUGUGUAAAACGUUUUCGACGAAAACAUCACUUGAUCACCCAUUACAAAGUACAUCAAAAACCUGAAUACAAUACGAGUGGUUUGGAAGAUUUGGUAGAAGAGGGCGAGUAUAGCGAGACGGAUGGCUAUCAAAUUGCGUCUGAGCAGAUCCACGACGUCCAGCAGCUGACGAUCGAAGACGAUGGCGACUUUUUGGAAAUCCACGAGGAUGAACACAUCGAUGGUAUUUUAAUUGUGGACGAUGAGGAUGGCGAUACGCAAGCCAUCUAUGGGACUGAUUAUGUGAUAGGUGUGGCAGAGGAAAGCGCCGAUAUGGUAUUUUAGAAUGAGCAAUCGAAUUCGUUGUAAUAUUAUAAAUUAAGAAUUGAUGUUUUAAGCGAAGAUUGCAGUUUCUUUAUUUUUUUGCACAUCCGUUGGGCUUUCGUCAAAGUUACUCAUAAGUUUAAUAAUAAGAAUAGAUUGACGUUUACACAAUGUAUUGGUGUCGUAGCCGGAACUGCUGUCACCUCGGCAAAAUUCUCAAAAACUGGGAUUUUUUUUGGUUGUCACAGCCUCUGCUGCGCUUUGUAAGUAAUUCGGAGUUCCCGCCUGCACUUCACCUCCUCCCGUGCUCUACAAUAACAUAAAACACAACACACUUUAUUGUUAAUUUGUUAAUUUAAAUUUUUAAGUUUUUUAUUUUUUUACUUUUAUCGAUUUCUUUAGUUUUUGUUUACGUGUAUAUAUAAUUUAAAUAUUAGAUGCUACUAAAUACGUUUCUCAUUCAAAUUUUGCAAGGAAAUUCUCUUUCUUUUCUAUUCUUUUAUUUUUGAAGCACUUCUUUGUAGUUGGUAAUAUAAAUUUUUCCGCUAUACGCGAUAAGCUUAAGAAAAUCAACAAACAAUACGAUACAUGUUUAUUUGUUGUUUUUGUUGCUUUUAUUGUUGCAAACGUUUUUGUUUUUUUUAAUAUAGUAAGUAUAAUAUUGUAGUAGUAGUAGUAAUUGUUUGCUGCUGCUGCGGCGGCGGCGCGGAGCACAAAAAUGCGUGCUACAAACGCACAAUUCAUAUUAAAUUUAUUUGAAAUUUUGUUUCAAAUUUUGCUGUAGUAAUUUUCACUCUACCCGAUCUACUACAUACAUAUGUAUUUACUUAAUUGCGCGUGCAGCUAGCUUAAAAAUACAUUGUAGAUAUAAUUGCGCUACUCCUCCAGCGAGGGAGCGGCUGUGGUUUGAAAUGGUGGUGUUGUUUUUGUUGUUGUUAGUAUUGCUGGUGGCGUUUUUUGAUUUAUGCUUGGUGCCGAUUUUCUAAAUUCUUGAAAAAAAAUUUGCGGAAUUAUUACGUAAAUUUUUUUUUAAUGUCUUUUUAGCAAGUAAGCGUUUUUAAGGGGUUUAGAGAAUUUGGCAAAUUACGCAAAUGAAUGAGAGAGGAAGAGUAGCCAAAACAAGGUUAAAAAACAUGUGUGCGUUUAAAAAUCUGGAAGAUUGGCGCACCGUUUAAAGAAAACAUUUUUCUGUGUAACCAGAUUAUAAAUUUUCAAAACAAAAUAAUUUCAAUAAAGAAAAGCAAGUGUAGGAUUAUCUCAGCGCGAUAAGGUGCGGGUGGAGGACAACAUGUGCGUAAGAUUGCUUGUGUGGUUCGUUGUACAAAGGCUUACAUAACAAAAAAA